AUGAUGUCGAUGAACAGCAAACAGCCUUUCAGUAUGCACCCCAUCCUGCACGAGCCCAAAUACACUCCUCUGCACUCCAGCUCGGAGGCCAUCCGCAGGGCCUGUCUGCCCACACCGUCGCUUCAGGGCAACAUCUUCGCCGGCUUCGAUGAGACGCUGCUGCAGAGAGCCGAGGCUCUGGCCGCUGUGGACAUCGUGGCCCAGAAGAGCCACCCGUUCAAACCAGACGCGACCUACCACACCAUGACCACCAUGACCAGUAUGACCUGCACCCCGACCUCCUCCUCCGCGCACCUGCACCACCCGUCGGUGCUCACCUCCCACCACCACCCGGGGCACCACCAGCCGUCGCAGGGUCUGGAGGGCGACCUGCUGGACCACCUCACACCGGGCAUCUCCUUGGGAGGCAUGCCCGGCUCAGACGUCUGCUCCACGGCCUCGCACACCGCCCACGCCGCCCACAUGUCGGCCAUCAACCACAUGCAGCACCACCACCAUCAGCAGUCCAUGAACAUGCACCCACACGGGCUGGGGUCCCACAGCUCCUUAGGGACCGGCGGCGGAGACGCGGAGCCGGAUCCCCGGGAGCUGGAGUCGUUCGCCGAGAGAUUCAAACAAAGGCGGAUCAAACUCGGAGUGACCCAGGCGGACGUGGGCGCGGCCCUGGCCAACCUUAAGAUCCCCGGGGUCGGAUGUCUGAGUCAGAGUACCAUCUGCAGGUUCGAGUCCCUGACCCUGUCACACAACAACAUGGUGGCCCUGAAGCCGAUCCUGGAGGCCUGGCUGGAGGAGGCGGAGCGGGCGCAGAGGGAGAAGAUGUCCAAGCCAGAGAUCUUCAACGGGGGCGACAAGAAGAGGAAACGCACGUCUAUCGCGGCCCCGGAGAAGCGCUCCCUGGAGGCUUAUUUCGCCGUGCAGCCGAGGCCCUCGUCGGAGAAGAUCGCCGCGAUCGCCGAGAAAUUGGACCUGAAAAAGAACGUGGUCCGGGUUUGGUUUUGCAAUCAGAGGCAAAAGCAGAAACGGAUGAAGUUUUCAGCGACUCACUAA